AUGGAGGCGGCCCUCACGAUCGUGAGGUCGACCAUGGACCUCCAAUGCUCGCCAUUGACGCUCAACGAGGCGUGCCGGCGCGCACCGACUUUGGUGGUGAUGGUUGUUGGAGACUAUAUGCCACUCAAACGCCUGGCUGGAAGCAAGAAGAACCACGAGGCCGGAGUGCCCCCGGCUACGGCCGGUGACAUGAUGACCGGGCCAGGCCUCAUGCCGGAGUCAAAAAGGGUACCUCAAAUCCUUCCGCACGGUUUGGUGUGGUGCCUGCCCCUGGAGGCGUUCGGGCAGGGUGACGUUGACCUCCCAGUUGUGCGUAACCUGCGACUCACCGAGGCAGCCAACCUGCCGGAUGACCUGAAGUUGCCGCUGUCCAUUGAGCACCUGGACGUUGGGGACGAGUUCGACCACUCCAUCGUUGGAGUGGAGUGGCCGGCAGCCCUGAAGCGGCUCGACUUCGGUAUUGCUUUCGACCAAUCCAUCGUCCAAGUCGCGUGGCCAGCCUCCUCGCUGCGCCUCCAGUUCGUUUGUCAUUUCAAUCAACCGCUCGCCGAGGGCGCGUGGCCGGACUCGUUGCUGCAGAUCGAGUUCGAGUAUGCGUUUAACCAGUCAAUCGCAGUCGACUGGCCAGCAUCGUUGUGCGAGCUAACCUUGGGGUCGAACUUCGACCAACCAAUUUCCGGCGUCACGUGGCCGCCUUCGCUACACCGGUUCCAGUUCGAUGGAUAUUUCGACCAAUCGCUCUUGGAGGUUGUGUGGCCACCCACACUGCAGCGCCUCCAAUUCGGAUACGGCUUCAACAAGCCUAUCGCCGGAGUCGCCUGGCCGUCUUCAUUGCAGCGCCUCCAGUUCGGCAGUUAUUUCAACCAACCGCUGGUGGAGGUUGCCUGGCGGGCCUCACUGCUGAAACUCCAGUUCGGGGAAUUCUUCAAUCAGCCCCUCGCCGGAGUCACAUGGCCCUUGUCGCUGCAAGACCUAGAGUUCAAUGUUGAAUUCAAUCAGCGCCUCACCGGAGUCGUGUGGCCGCCUUUCCUGAAGCGGCUCAAGUUCGGUUUCUACUUCAACCAUCCAAUAAUCGGAAUCGGAUGGCCUUCAUCCCUACAGCACCUAGCUUUCGGUGGGGGAUUCCACCAGUCAAUCGAACGAGUUGUGUGGCCGCGCUCGGCCCUUGCUCUGAAGAUGGCCAUUUGGGAUGAGUGGCCGCCCUCGGCACCAGCUCUGUUUUUUAACGGCGAGAUUCUUCGCGUACCAGAAACUUAG